UGUUGCAUCCCUACGCAAUACUACUUCCGUCCGUCGCCGCCAUAAUAAUUUCGGCGUCUCAUCUCGUUCCUCUUUGGGAAGCGUCUGUUGCUUGUAAUGUUUUUUAUGUGAGUUACUUAGUUAACUAUCGGACUUAUUUUAUAAACCUUUAGUUUUGUACAAAACGAAUAUGGCAGAAAGCAAUUAUGACAACGGAUACAACAGUGGUGACUUUAAACGCAAUAUGAAGUCUGAUGCCGACCAAGGUGAAAACGAGAUAGACCAAGAUGGCGAAGAAGGUUCUAAAUUGAACGAAAAAGCCGGCGAAUACAUGAGGGAAUUAUUGAGCGAAAAGAUCAAGUUAAACGGCCAAAAGUUUCCGGUGUCACUAAAACUUAUCGACCAAGAGGUACAAAAAGUGCAGGCUUCAGGAAGGAUCCCCGCUAGAGAUACUAAAUAUCUAGAUGUAUUCCGUGAGAAGCCAGUAAAAGUUACAGUCAAAGUGCUAGUACCUGUAAAAGAACACCCUAAGUUCAAUUUUGUGGGUAAACUACUUGGACCGAAAGGAAACACAAUGAAGCAAAUGCAAGAGGAUACCAUGUGCAAAAUGGCAGUAUUAGGACGUGGAUCCAUGAGAGAUAGGCAAAAAGAAGAAGAAUUACGGAACUCAUUGGAUCCUAAAUAUGCACAUCUCUCAGAUGAAUUGCAUGUAGAAAUAUCGGCACUAGCUCCUCCAGCGGAAGCGCAUGCGAGGAUUGCAUAUGCUCUUGCUGAAGUAAAAAAAUAUUUGAUACCAGACAACAAUGACAUGAUGAGACAGAAUCAGAUGAGGGACAUCAUGGAUAGAGAUUGGAGACGGCCGAUGGCACCGCCUCAACCCGAGAGCUUGUACAGUGCUUGUACGGUCACCAAACGAUCCCUGUCCUACCAAGACCCUGUUGCUGCCAAAGGGUUCGUUCCGCCAUCGGGGCCCCCUCGUCCGCCCCCGGGGCGCGCGCCCCCGCGCAUGCCGCCCCCGCAGCCGCCCAUGUCCCGCGCCAUGCCCGCCAAGAACAAGGUCAUCAGCAUACUGGACCGCGCCCGCUCAGCUAUGGAGUCCUCGUAUGGAUACGAGGAACCUUACCCACCAAUGCCUGAACCACCGGUGCGCGGCGGCGGUCCCCGUUCCGCCUCCCAGGACUUCUACUACGACCGCGGCGACCGCUACUACGAGGACGAGCCGUACUAUAAAGAGCCGGAGCCGCGCGAGUUUAAGGCAUCCGCUCGCGAUGUAGGCACUCGCCGCCCGCAGCAGCAGCAGCGGCAGCACUACGGGCACGCGCGGCACUCGCCCUACGCGCGCCCGCCCAAGUAGUCACAAGUGGAUGCUGUACGUCUUGCUCCCACUAGGUGAGUAACAUUUUUCCACAGCUCACCGUUCCAGAAAAACCACAACUCAAUUGACAAGUAAUAAACAGUACGAGAGGAAUUAAAAAAUAUAUAUAAAACCCGAUGGCAACAAAUAAUUAGUAUUAGAUCAAGUACACGCCACAAUAAUCAUUAAUAAUAUUGUAGUAACUAUAUUUUAAAAAAUAAAUUUUGUUUGCUAUUCAUUUGCUUUAUGGACCAAAAUUAAAAUGACUUUGCAAUAAGUAAUAUUUCUUUACCAAACCAAUAUUUUAAAGACUAUAUUUAUGUUAAUAAAAGUAUUAAAAACAAUACUUUGGUUAUUGAAAUAAAGAAAAUCAUAAUUUUUUAAACAUUGUUAGAUUUCACAAUUAUAUAUGUCAUUGCAAUUAAAAUUUUAAUCAUAUUCGGAAGUUCAUAAUUACUGCAUGCCAAUUUUAAAAAAUCAAAUACCGAAGUGUACCAAUAGAAAAACAAUUGAAUAUUGUAGUUCAGAACGAACAAACAAUUAAAUAAAACCUAAAACCUCUUGUAAUAGUUAAGAAUCUUUUUAAAAUAGUUGUUAGAUUCGUAAAAAUCUUAAUUUCAACAUGUUUUGAUUUAAAUAUCAAAUAAAAAACUUCAACUUUUUAACUAAAGUGACUAGGGGCCUAAAAAUGUCUUCUAAAAAAUUUUAACAAUAAAAUAUUUUUAAAGAUUGCUCCCUUGUCUCGUCAAAUAAAAUGUUGAAACAUGUUGAAUAUAAUUAUAACUAUUAAAUGUAUUUCAAUCUUUGUGUGACUAUAAUAAAUAGUAUUGGAAGAUAAAAAGUGAUUUUUAAUUUCAAAAUGGCUAUUGGUUGUAUUGAGAUAAAAGUUUAAUAGAAAGAUGUUUUUAUCAUGAAAUCUCCAAAAUUUCUAAAAACAUGUGUCAAAUU